CUCCCAUCUGAAAAUCCAUCGAGAUUACUUUUCAAGUCCCAAUAGCCCAACUAUCAGCAAUCCUACGUAUCAAUAAACUUCACCCCAGAUAACAAGCGGCUCAACCGAAAAUGUCAAACCCAGAAGUUAGCAAGCAGCAAGCCCUGAGGGCUCUUGAGACGACAAUUUUCGUGCUUGGUCAGGCGAUAGAAUCAUGUUGCAUAGCCGAAAGUGCUCCGGAUAUCCCUAAAGCCUUCUCGAUAGUGGCAAAGCAUCUCCCAAUUGUAGAGCAAGUUUUCAGCUCAGCACGAAAUCACUUAAAGUCAAGCAAGGAGGAAACAGAACAACUGAAAGAGUUAUACCCGGUCGUAAAGCAUGUCUCAGACGAGGGCUGUGGACAAUUACGAUCCAUUGAGAAUCUUUUUGACACAGUUACACAAGAUGGAGAGAAGAUGAAGCGCUAUGCCUCGGCGGUCAAGAGUGGCGAUGGGAAGAAAGUCGAGACGAUCAUGGUAGAGCUACUCACCAACGCAAGUCUCGUGGCAGUGGAUCCUCUCGUAAGCCAAGACAACAUCGAGACUUUGCAGCGGGCCCUAGAAGAAGUGAAGAAACUCCCCCCUUCCCUGGAGGAAGAUCGCAGCGCUGGAGUGGUAUUGAACAAUAGCGGAUCGGGCAAUCAGUUUUAUCACGGUGGAAGAGGGAAUCAAAAUCAUUGCUCAGGCGGAUUUCAGGUGAAUGGGGAUAAUCAGAACGCCAGCCGGGCUAGUUCAGUAUGCAUCAUCUUCCAGCAUCCCAAAGGCGAAUGGAUCACAACCAGUGUCCUGAAUCGCGGAACUCCCAUUUGGUAUAGAGACCAUUUUCAUCCUCUCGAGCCCCUGCCUCAAUCGAUGCAUGUGUACCAUUUUGAUGAGUCCUGCGAUGAUUCGACUCCAAUACGGCUACUGGUCGGUUACUCUGCGUAUACGCUGGAGCCAGUUCUUGCGAGCGCGGAUGCUACACGUCUCGACAUGUACUCGGAUGUCGAUGAUCUUUCUAGGUUGGAACUCGAAGUUCCCUCUGAAGGGAAUCUCUCCCCAUCUGAGGUCAUUCUCCACCAUGCUCUUACUGUACCCGGAAAUCUUCGCGCGGUGAAACACCUUUUGAUUGAGGAGGCCUGGGAGCAGGCGUUUGCUGAUGGAGAUAUCACUGUCGAGUACGCGUAG